AUGCGCUUGGCAGCACAGCAUAUGAGAAAAUCUCACCCUACCGACCUUGCUGCUAUGCUUGCGUCGCCCGAACCCGAACCGGAGGAACGUCCGAUGAAGCGCAUUAAGGUUGCUAAACCGUUGCCGAACAAGCAAAAAGAUGUCGAGACGACGGAAGCCAAACUCGCAGCGUUGCAUGAAAUGUUUGUGGAGUUGAUGCAUGCCCAGACCAAGACGGCUGUCAAGACCUGUGGUGUGAACGCUAAGGAUGCCGAGAGCGCUGUGACGGCUAAGACCUGUCUCUGGAAUUGCUGUGUUGGAGUCGAAGGCUGUUGUCACUGA